GAAAGGUGGGCGUAUUUAAAGUAUGAAUUCUAACUUCCGCUCACUGUUCAUUGUGAAUCCAUGAGUGACAGAGUGACAACCUCAUGGACCUAGUUUAUUUUUUAUUUUAUCACAGACCUUCUUUUUUAAUGUAAAGUAGAGAUGAGAUCUGCAGUAGAGAGUUUGACCACAGCAGUAAAAAGAUUUCUUCUUCUUCUUCUUCUCACUCUGCCAGUGACACAGAGUCAGAGAGGAUAUUCUGUGACCUACACUUCUACUGAGGUCUGUGUCCUCAGAGGAUCAACAGUGGACAUAACCUCCAGUUACAGUUACCCAGGCUCAGUGAAUCGCCGUGUUACCACAGUUCAGGAAUCAUUCUGGUUCAUCAAAGAGAGUAAUGGUGUUUAUGUUGAUCUGAGAUCAGACCCAGAUUAUUCUGGUCGUGUGGAGUAUUUGAAUGAAGACAGGAAGUCCACUCUGAGAAUCAGAGACCUGAGAGAGAGUGACUCGGCUGAGUACAAGUUCAGGUUUGUUACAAACCAAGAUGGAGGGAAGUUUACAGGUGACCCUGGAGUCACUUUGUCUGUCAGAGACCCUCAGCUCCAGAUAGAUGUGAGGAGAUCAGUUGGUCAGUUUUCUACCUGGACACAGCUGACAUGUCACAGCAGUUGUCAGCUGUCUGAUCAUUUUUCCUACGUCUGGUACAAGAACGGACAGAGAGCUGGAGGAAAAAACUAUCUUCACUUUGACAACAUCAGUCCAACAGACAGUUUUGACUGUACUAUAGAAGGACAUGAGCAGAUACGUUCUCCUCCAGUCUGUGAGUCCAUCAAUCUCUUUUACUUUAACUUAAAAAGGAAAAUUGUGAGCGUGAAGAUACAGUUGAGUCCCCCUGGUCAGAUCAUGGAGGGCAGUUCAGUGACUCUGACCUGUAGCUCUGAUGCUAACCCAGCAGCUAAUUACACCUGGUACAAGGAGAACACAGUAAUAUCUACAGAACAGAACUUCACCAUCACUAACGUCACAACUGAACAUGGGGGAAAUUAUCAGUGUGAAGUUCAGAACAGAGUAGGACGACAGAACACCACCAAACAUCUGGUUGUAAGAGCAGUUCCACUUAGAGCGUUAGAAUCAGCAUUUAUUGGAACAUCCACUGCUAUUUUGUUGGCUGUAGUUGUGGUAUCUCUCAUCUUUCUGAUAAGAAAGAAAAUGUCCCCAAGACAAGUGGCUGAAGCAAGAGAAAGACCAGACAACCGAGAACUGGCAGAAGAACAGCAUGAACCACACUAUGCCAGUAUCCAGUUCGUGAGAACCUCAAGAGACCCAGUCUACUCAAAUGUCAUGGACUAUAGAUCUGGUAGACACGGGACACAGGAGAUUGAAGACGAUGUUUUAGAGUACAGUGUUGUUAAAUUGCCCCAUUCUGAACCAAGGCUCAGCAAUCAAGUAACUGUUGAAGACCCGGCAGUAUUGUACAGCACAGUCAAAAAACAUUGAUUUUAAAAGCCGAACCUGCAUCAGCAGAUACAGUAUUAUUGUAGCCAUUUAUCUUUCCCACAAUUUAAAUCACUGACAACAUUUUAUAUGUUUGAACUUUGUUUUUGGGCACAGGCAGAGAAGACCAUGCCAAAUAUGCAGCAUUAUCAGCUGUACUAUCAUGCUGACGUUAAGACCGAGGCACUUGAACAGUAACGUUUGUCAUUAGCCUCUUAUCAACAUUUCAAUACCAUCUUGUGUCAUUGGAAACUAUGCAUAAUAUAACGCUGUAUAAUUAUCUGUAAAAUAAUGUUUUUAUAACUUUUUUAACUAAUAAUGUUCAAUAAAGCAUUGUUUUUUAUA